UAACUCGCGAGAGAAGAGGAGGAAGAAGGAUCUGUCUUCUCCCCCAAUACACUAAAGCACGAAAACAAAUCGACUAUUUGACCUAAAAACCCUAAUCUUUGAUUCAAAAUCCGAUGUCUUCCGAAGAACUAACCACCGACUCUCCUCCUCCUCCCGCCGCCAGCAAAGCGGCGCCUUUAGGAUCCUCCGUGAUUCCCAUCGUCAACAAGCUCCAAGACAUCUUCGCCCAGCUCGGAAGCCAAUCUUCAAUCGAGCUUCCUCAGGUCGCCGUCGUCGGGAGCCAGAGCAGCGGCAAGUCCAGCGUCCUCGAAGCGCUCGUCGGCAGAGACUUCCUCCCUCGUGGCAACGAUAUCUGCACUCGCCGCCCUCUCGUCCUCCAGCUUCUACAGACCAAGAGCAAGGCUAAUGGCGGAUCUGAUGAUGAGUGGGGAGAGUUCCUUCACCUCCCUAACAACCGUAUCUAUGACUUUACUGAGAUUCGUCGCGAAAUUGAGGCGGAGACGAAUAGAUUGGUGGGAGAGAACAAAGGUGUGUCGGAUAAGCAGAUUCGGUUAAAGAUAUUUUCGCCUAAUGUGUUGGAUAUCACGCUUGUGGAUCUUCCGGGGAUCACUAAGGUGCCUGUGGGUGACCAGCCUACUGAUAUUGAAGCACGGAUCAGAACUAUGAUUUUGUCUUAUAUCAAGCAGCCUAGCUGUCACAGAACAAUAGGUGUUAUCACAAAGUUGGAUAUCAUGGACAGAGGUACUGAUGCUCGUAAUUUACUUCUUGGAAAAGUUGUUCCUCUACGACUUGGAUAUGUGGGAGUGGUGAACCGUUGCCAGGAGGAUAUUGUGCUAAACCGUUCUGUCAAGGAAGCACUUAGCGCCGAAGAAAAAUUCUUCCGGAGCCGCCCAGCUUAUCAUGGUCUUGCUGAUCGUUUGGGUAUCCCUCAGCUAGCGAAGAAGUUAAAUCAGAUCCUUGUUCAGCAUAUCAAGGUUCUGCUUCCUGAUUUGAAGUCCCGUAUAAGUAAUGCUUUGGUUGCCACAGCUAAGGAACAUCAGAGUUAUGGUGAAAUUACAGAAUCCACGGCUGGUCAAGGAGCUCUUCUCCUUAAUUUUCUCUCAAAAUACUGUGAAGCAUACUCUUCACUGCUGGACGGAAAAAGUGAGGAAAUGUCUACGUCAGAGCUCUCUGGAGGAGCAAGAAUUCACUAUAUUUUCCAGUCAAUCUUUGUAAAGAGUUUGGAGGAGGUUGAUCCGUGUGAAGACUUGACAGACGAUGAUAUUCGGACUGCAAUCCAGAAUGCAACUGGACCAAGAUCCGCAUUAUUUGUUCCAGACGUUCCCUUUGAAGUUCUUGUCAGGAGGCAGAUAUCUCGUUUGUUAGAUCCUAGCCUUCAGUGUGCUAGGUUCAUUUUUGAUGAGCUCGUAAAGAUUAGCCAUAAAUGUAUGAUGAAUGAGUUACAGCGCUUCCCUGUCCUGAGAAAGCGCAUGGAUGAGGUUAUUGGGGAUUUCCUGCGAGAAGGUCUUGAACCCUCAGAGGCAAUGAUCGGUGAUAUCAUUGAUAUGGAGAUGGAUUACAUAAACACUUCUCAUCCAAAUUUUAUUGGUGGAACCAAGGCUGUGGAGGUUGCAAUGCAAAACGUGAAAUCUUCUAGGGUUUCCCAUCCUGUGGCACGACCAAAGCCGGAGACAGUGGAGCUUGAGAGAACAUCAUCUUCUUCUUCAGCAAGUCAGGUGAAAUCUCGAUCUUUUCUCGGCAGACAAGCUAAUGGAAUUGUUCCUGAUCAGGGAGUUGUAUCUGCAGAUGCUGAAAAAGCUGCACCAGCUGCAAAUGCGAAUGAUUCAAGGUGGGGUAUCCCUUCAAUUUUCCGAGGGGGUGAAAAUCGGGCAGUUACCAAAGAAAACUUCUUGAACAAACCAUUCAAUGAAGCUGUUGAGGAUACGUCUCAGAACUUAUCGAUGAUCUAUCUAAAGGAGCCCCCAGCUGUCUUGAGGCCAUCCGAAACCCAUUCAGAACAGGAAGAUGUCGAGAUUCAGAUAACAAAACUGUUACUUAAAUCAUACUAUGACAUCGUGAGGAAGAAUAUUGAGGACUCAGUACCAAAAGCAAUCAUGCAUUUCCUGGUAAAUCACACGAAACGUGAGUUGCACAAUGUCUUCAUCAAGAAACUUUACAGGGAGAACUUGUUUGAAGAAAUGCUGCAAGAGCCGGAUGAGAUAGCAGUUAAGAGGAAACGCACUCGAGAAACUCUCCACAUUCUUCAGCAAGCUUACAGGACACUAGACGAGUUGCCUAUGGAAGCAGAAUCAGUGUGCAAUAGUGGGACCGAUACAACAGGUGUGUCAAAACAUCUGGACUUACCAGCAUCUUCUUCGAUGUAUUCCACGAGCAGUUCAUCAUACUCGGCAUCUCCUUCUACGGGAAGAAGAUCCAGAAGAGCAGGAGACCAACACCAAAACGGAUAUGGAUUCUGACACGAUCAAGAGAAUCAAUAUAUCUUGUCAUAAGUGUGGACGCAUUUCAUUCAUUUAAUGGCUCUAUAAGGUUUUGUUUUGUUUUAAAUUAUGUGUUGGGGAAAUGAAGAAUCUAUAUAGGAAGUUGAAACACUAGUUCUGGAGUCUGCAUUGGGUUUGACUGUCAAGAGAGUUACAAGGGAGUGAAGAAAGUUCCCUGCAACAAUAAUGGGGAAGCAAACCCUUCCACACUCUUUAUCUUGUUGGGUUGGGUUACAUUAAUAAGUGAUACAUUAUUUCACUCUUCUAUAUAUUUUUGUGGAACGAGCUUGAAACGUUUACCUUUCUAUAAAUUUUGUGACAUUCCGUUUUUAUAUCAAC